AUGAUAAGUAGCAUUGCAGCCAAGUGUGACCUUGUAGUUGGAAAGUGGCCUUGUGGAGUUUGCAGGAAAGGGGUUGGUAGUAACUCAAUUUUUUGUCAGACUUGCAAGCAUUGGGUACAUAAGAAGUGCAGUAGUAUUAGUAGAAGGUUAAGAGCUGGCAUACAGUUUGUAUGCAAGCGUUGCAAAGGUGAGAUUAUAGAGAAUGAAGUAUUUCCAGCUUUAAUGAUGUAUAACAGUGGCUCGUUAGAGAUAGUUAAGAACUUCUGUUACUUAGGUGAUAUGUUGGGCAGUGAAGGGGGUGUUGGAAGAAGUGUUACUUGCAGGAUAGGUUCUGCUUGGAAAAAGUUUAGAGAGUUACUUCCUUUAUUGACUAGCAGAGUCCUGUCAAUUGAGGUAAAAGGUAGGUUGUAUGAGGCCUGUGUAAGAAGUGUUAUGUUGUACGGUAGUGAGACAUGGGCAGUGAAGCAGGAAGAUCUUGACCGUUUAGAAAGGAAUGAUAUGAGAAUGGUUAGGUGGAUGUGUAAUGCCAGUCUGAGAGACAGAAAGAGUUCAGAUGAGCUAAGAAGCAGGCUAAGUCUCCGUAGAAUUAAAGAUGUUAUCCAGAUAAGAAGAUUGAAUUGGCUGGGGCACUUGGAAAGAAUGGAGGAGGAUAAUUGGGUAAGAAAGUGUAGAGACUUGAUAGUUCCUGGGGCAAAGCCCAGAGGCAGACCGAGAAAGACUUGGCAGGAGGUUAUAAGGACAGACUUGAUAGAGAGGAAGUUGAGUUUAGAUCUAACACAGUCUAGAUCAGAUUGGAAGAGGGUCAUUAAUAUACCCCGUCCAACUGAUCUAGACUGUGUUAGAUCUAAACUCAACUUCCUCUCUAUCAAGUCUGUCCUUAUAACUUCCUGCCAAGUCUUUCUCGGUCUGCCUCUGGGCUUUGCCCCAGGAACUAUCAAGUCUCUACACUUUCUUACCCAAUUAUCCUCCUCCAUUCUUUCCAAGCGAAACGUCACCUACUAAACUAUCAUGUUCAAG